AGCGUCCGUAAUGUAUUCUUCGUUUCCUCUUCUCAUUGAUAUUCUUUGUACACGGUAGCCAUGAUGUAAAUAAAGGUACAUUUUGCAACAAGGGUUCUACUCGUCUACUAUAAGUAGCACCCAGAUAAGGGAAAUUUGCACAGAAUGCAAUCAGAUUUCGAGCGUUAGAAAUCGUUUAAAAAAAAAAACCUUUCUCACGACACGCGAAAGGCAUUUAAAAAACUUCCUCCCCCUCCCCUUAAAAGUCAUUUAAAAGAGUGGAAAGAAAAAAAAAAUUCAAACUUUAUAUACAAAAAUAGAUAUUUACAGUAAGGAAAGGGGUGAAGAGUAAUUUAAAUAAAGUAUAAAUUACUAUACACGAAUGAAAGAGAAAAAUUUAUUGGACGAGGAAUGAAAUUAAUGUGUGAGGAUGUAAGAAAUCGAAAACCGCGCCAUUGGUCGAAACCAUUGUGGAAAGCGAAUACGAAACAGCGGUUUUAUGAACAGGUUGUGUUUUGUUUCGUAAUAGAGUGGCGUGGCUACGAGAGUCGUCGCAGACAGAGCGACUUGGAUACGUGUAACUGAAUGGAUGUUAGAGUGGGAUGUUCUAGGAAUAUAUGACGAAUUUUCAAAUGAUUAAAGACAGUGUGGAUUGUGGGAGCGUACGUCUGGCCAGCUCUAGUUGUAAAGCUGGCCCAUGGUUGUAACAGUGUCAGAGACAAGUGACAGCUACUAUGUGUUACACGGACUUUCGGUUUUUUAUUCUUCGUUUACUUCUUAGUCUAUCUACAUUAACAAUUGCUUUAAGUGUUAUUUACACCGAUCAGUUCGUCGUACGAGUUAACGGAGGUGAAGAAGUUGCUAAAGAGUUAGCCAGGAAGUAUGGUUUUACGUAUUUAAGCCAGGUAAGUCGUUUUUCUUUUGUGGCUUAUUUCCAACAUUGUUUGAAUUAUUCUCGAAUAGGUUAUACGGAAUUUUGGUAUUUUUGGGUGAGUGAGUCGAAUCGUGGACCGGGUUUGGAUAUGAAUGUGCAAGAAGUUUGGGCUCAAGGUGUGACAGGAAAAAAUGUCGUCGUCACCAUAUUAGACGACGGUUUAGAAAAAGAUCAUCCAGAUAUCGCGCAAAAUUACGAUCCGGAAGCUAGUUUUGAUAUUAAUGAUCACGAUCCUGAUCCGCAACCCAGAUAUGAUCUGCUAGAUUCUAAUAGGCAUGGAACGAGAUGUGCGGGUGAAGUUGCUGCUCAAGCCAACAAUAGUUUCUGUGCUCUAGGAGUUGCCUAUAGAGCUAAAGUGGGAGGUGUCAAGAUGUUGGAUGGAGAUGUGACAGAUGUCGUGGAAGCUCGGUCGCUCAGUCUCAAUCCCCAGCAUAUAGAUAUUUAUAGCGCUUCUUGGGGACCAGAUGAUGAUGGAAAAACUGUGGAUGGUCCCGGAGUGCUUGCCACUCGUGCUUUCACAGAUGGAAUUAAAAAUGGUCGUCGUGGAUUGGGUUCCAUCUUUAUCUGGGCUUCUGGAAAUGGUGGUAGAGAGCAUGAUAAUUGCAAUUGUGAUGGAUACACCAAUGCGAUCUGGACUUUAUCUAUAAGCAGUGCAACGGAAAAUGGAUUAGUGCCAUGGUUUUUUUUUUUUAUGUUUACAUUUCAAAUUUCUUCUUAGAAUCGUGGACCGGGUUUGGAUAUGAAUGUGCAAGAAGUUUGGGCUCAAGGUGUGACAGGAAAAAAUGUCGUCGUCACCAUAUUAGACGACGGUUUAGAAAAAGAUCAUCCAGAUAUCGCGCAAAAUUACGAUCCGGAAGCUAGUUUUGAUAUUAAUGAUCACGAUCCUGAUCCGCAACCCAGAUAUGAUCUGCUAGAUUCUAAUAGGCAUGGAACGAGAUGUGCGGGUGAAGUUGCUGCUCAAGCCAACAAUAGUUUCUGUGCUCUAGGAGUUGCCUAUAGAGCUAAAGUGGGAGGUGUCAAGAUGUUGGAUGGAGAUGUGACAGAUGUCGUGGAAGCUCGGUCGCUCAGUCUCAAUCCCCAGCAUAUAGAUAUUUAUAGCGCUUCUUGGGGACCAGAUGAUGAUGGAAAAACUGUGGAUGGUCCCGGAGUGCUUGCCACUCGUGCUUUCACAGAUGGAAUUAAAAAUGGUCGUCGUGGAUUGGGUUCCAUCUUUAUCUGGGCUUCUGGAAAUGGUGGUAGAGAGCAUGAUAAUUGCAAUUGUGAUGGAUACACCAAUGCGAUCUGGACUUUAUCUAUAAGCAGCGCAACGGAAAAUGGAUUAGUGCCAUGGUAUAGUGAAGCAUGCUCUUCUACUCUGGCAACUACUUACAGUAGUGGUUCCACAGGUGAAAGACAGAUUGUGACAACUGAUCUCAGACAACAGUGUACUUCUAGUCAUACUGGAACAUCAGCAUCAGCUCCACUUGCUGCAGGAAUCUGUGCUUUAGCACUUGAAGUUAACAACAAAUUAACAUGGAGAGAUAUGCAACAUAUUGUUGUGAGAACAGCUAGACCUGCAAAUCUACAUUCUAAAGAUUGGAAGACUAAUGGAGUUGGUCGAAAUGGUAAUUACAACAAAUUAACAUGGAGAGAUAUGCAACAUAUUGUUGUGAGAACAGCUAGACCUGCAAAUCUACAUUCUAAAGAUUGGAAGACUAAUGGAGUUGGUCGAAAUGGAUAUAAGAUUGCUAUUGUAUAUGCAUAUUCUGAAUGGAAGUACUAUAUUGUUGAAUAUGGGAUAACUUCCACGGCUAAAAUAUUUGAAUUGUGUAAAGCAACCAGAUAUACGCAUUUGCAUGCUCUUUACAGAGCACCAACCUCACAUGGUUUAGUUCGUGGAUGCUACACACNCACAACUUUGAUUAACAUGGGCGUUUCCAUGCUUAACAUAUCAACUUUACUUGCUCAACGUACAAAUGAUAAUUCUCGAUCAGGAUUUCAAGCGUGGCCAUUCAUGACUGUUCAUAAUUGGGGUGAGAAUCCAAAUGGGGAAUGGAAACUUGAGAUUCAUAAUGAAGGCCGAUAUUUUGACUUUUCUGAAAAUGAAAAAGGAUUUUUCCAACAAAUUUUAAUGAAGUUCUGUUUUUGGAAUUCUUGUGAAUCACUUUUUAAACUAAAAUGUUUAUUCAAUUUCAGAUCAACUUUACUUGCUCAACGUACAAAUGAUAAUUCUCGAUCAGGAUUUCAAGCGUGGCCAUUCAUGACUGUUCAUAAUUGGGGUGAGAAUCCAAAUGGGGAAUGGAAACUUGAGAUUCAUAAUGAAGGCCGAUAUUUUGGAAGUGAUCUACCACAUGGUAUAUUGGGUCGUGCCACUCUUAAAGACUGGUCAUUAACAGUUUUUGGAACAUAUGAGAAUCCAGAUGUACCAAGAGUUACCACAACCACCACUACGACAUCCAGACCCAAACCCACCACAACUACCACCACUACCACGGUUGCACCUACAACUAAACGUCCACGUAAAACAACAACACGAUCCACAACUACCACGACAACUACAACCACUACCACCACGCCAUUUCCAACUGUGCGUCACACUCAUCAGUAUUAUCCCCUUACUAGUCAAAGACCACCAGUUUAUUUUCUGGAUCAGAAUGCAAUUAAGAAUGAAGGCACAGGAUAUUCUCAAUUGAAUAGAGAUUCUGAUGCAAAGAAAACAGGAUCAUUUUAUGGAUUUUCAUCAGUUCCACAUGGAACAAGAAAACAACCAGAUAGAAAAACAAACAAAGAUGAAAAGAAUUCAAAUAGCGCUUGUGCCUUGAUGGGAAAUCUAGGACUCCUCCUCGGCUUAUGUUCAUUGGUUUGUUUGAUGAAAAAUUAUUUUAUCUCAUUUCGCAUCCCGUUACAUCACUGCCAGUGUUCUUCGCAUACAAGUCUAAAUAUAUGUUCCAGCAUCUCGCCACUUCCUUCAUAAAGACAACUAUAUUGAAAGCUUGAAAACAUUCCUGGGUCUUAUCUCCACAUAAAUUUCUCAAGCAAUUCUACGAGCAAUCUUCUUGGCAAAGAUAGAGACUCUGCUCGUUCAUACUUCUGGUGAUCUUCAUUUCCAGCCACAAAUUGGUAAACUUUAUGGUAUCUGUUGUACAAACCCUAUUUUAUUAGGGACCAUAUAAAGCUUUAAAUACAGUGAAAAGAAUAAGUAACAAGUGUAUUUUUCAUCAGUAAAUAUCUGCCACUAGCCAAAGCAUUGUUGUAUAAAGUUUUUGUACAAAACAAAGUAUUCAGUAUUAAGAGAAACGUUCUGAAUUUUGUGAUUUAUUCAUUCCUUAUUUUUCCCAAGGAUGAAGUUAACAGUUGGGUACAAUUUUUUUUGUGGUGUGAUUUAUAUUGAGAUUUUUAUUGUUUUUUAUUCUAAAAAAAAAUUAUUAUUGUUGCUAAUUUAAAAAUAACAAUGUUAAAUAUAAAUUCCUAAUUCCUACAUAGACAACAUAGCACUACCCAUAAUUAUAAUUUAAUGACGAUUAGCAAUUACUAUGUAAUUGCUUUAAAACACUUCAGAAGUAUCAAUAUAUAUAUAUUGUACAUACUGUAUAUAUAUAUAAUUGUACAAAAUAUAGUGCUAUUUUGUGGCAUGUUGGAAAAUUGGAUUAAAUAUAAUAAUGUAGUUUACCUGUGAUUUUUAAAUUCUAACGGAUUUUUCUGUUUAUGGAGAUAACGUUCGUGAUUUAAGAUAUUUUGUAAUUUUAAUAUUUUGUUUUCAAUUUAGCGUUAUUGAAUUAUACAGUUAUUGCAAAGCAUUGGCAUUGCCACUGGAAUUUUUCUAUGAAAUCCAUACAUUGUUCAUUUAUAUAUUUCCGGCAUCAUCUAUAAAUGUUGUAUUUUGCAAAAAUACUUUUUUGAAUAAGACGAAAAUAGCACUUUAAGAAAAAUAAUAAUAAUAAUAAUAAUAAUUCGGUUGUUGAUUGUGAUUUCCAUUUUGAAUUAAAUAUGUUAAAAAUUUUAUUCUUUAUAAUAGUGUUAACAUUCUUUUGUGUGUGUGAGUGUGUUGUAUGUACAUAUAUAUAAAUAUAUAUAAAUAUUCAUAGUUAUUGGUUUAACUUAGUAAUAGUUCUUUUUUUUUUUUUUUUUUUUUUUUUUUNAA